AUGUCGGAUCCAUACGAGAAAGUGAAAGGAGGGAGACUAACCUUCAAGGGAGGAAGCUUAGCAAAACGAAGCAUAGGAAUCGAAAAGAAAAGGAAGAAAAAGAAGAAGCCGGUGGCUGAAACGGUGGAGGACGCGGCACUCGAGGCGGAGGCGGUGGAGAAUUCGGAAUCUGGUGGUGCUGGUGAGAUUUAUACGAUUGACGCGGCGAAGAAAAUGAAGUACGAGGAGUUAUUUCCUGUGGAGACGAAGAAGUUUGGGUAUAGCGAGAAGAAAGAUUUUAAAUCCGUUGAAGAUGCUCUUGAUGAUCGGGUUAAGAAGAAAGCUGAUCGUUACUGCAAAUGA